UCGAUAGAGAUUUGGCUGCGAGCUCUCCCCUGGCAUGGCCGCCUUCUGCGCCUCCCCCUUCCCGUCUCCGACCAUCCUCACCCUACUCCGCGCCACCCCUCGACCCGACCACCGCUUCUCCUAUCGCCGCUCUUUCUCCCCCAACUUCCGAGCACUCACCGACCCAGUUCUCGCUCCGUCCCCAUCCCCCGUGCCCCUUCCCCUUCCCCUUCCCAUCCGCCGGCGGGAGGCCGCCCUCUCCCUCUCUCUCUCUCUCCUCCUCUUCCUCCUCGACCCCCCCGCUGGCGCCUCCUCCGACCAGACGAACUGCACCCUCGCCGUCGCCUCCUCCGGCCUCGCGUUCUGCGACACCGUCGUCGGCACCGGCCCCGUCGCCACCAAGGGCCAGCUCAUCAAGGCGCAUUACGUCGGGAAAUUGGAGAACGGCAAGGUGUUCGACAGCAGCUACAGCCGCGGGCGACCUCUCUCAUUCAGGGUCGGCGUCGGGGAGGUGAUCAAAGGAUGGGAUCAAGGGAUUCUAGGCGUAGAUGGAAUUCCACCAAUGCUCCUCGGUGGCAAGCGUACAUUGAAGCUUCCUCCCGAGCUUGGUUAUGGGGCGAGAGGAGCAGGCUGCAGAGGAGGCUCUUGCAUUAUUCCUCCGGAUUCAACUCUUCUGUUCGAUAUAGAAUUCAUUGGGUAGGCAGGAGCCCGAGACCUACAGAGUUUUUUUCUGACGAAAGGAACCAACAGACGAGAUACUUGUAUAAGCACUUAAACAAGAGGGAACCAAGGGCUACAAAUAAUUACAAUUAUGCAGUACUGAUUUUCUACUGUAAACGACCUUUAUCAAUUCAAAUUCUGUAAACGAGCUCUCUUAGUCCCACAUCGUUAAAUUCACAUUGCAUCAAGCCGGUAUAUGAUUUGUCGUUUGUCUCUUUACCGCCGAGCUGGGUGGCGCCAGUUUGUGAUCCAAGCGGAGGCAAUGAAUGAUUUGGAUGAUGGAAAUGAGUUCUGAUACGUGAAUUCAAUGUAUAAUUGUUGGCCUGCCCGAUCCAAGUUGACAGUGAAUUGUUAAAAUGGGAUGAAGAUCUGGUUCUUCCGGUUCAUAGUGCGGAGGGCACCGGUCCAGGCUGGUUUCACAGAGCAAGUACACCCGCCCGUUUUCAACGGUGGAUGGAUCACAGGCCGAUUUACGUGGGAUCCACAUUACCCCUCACAACCUCUUCCAUCAAACAAAUUAUUUU